GGGAGACCAGUUAUAGUGAAUGCAGGGUCCGGGGAGACCGGAUAUAGUGAAUGCAGGGUCCGGGGAGACCGGAUAUAGUGAAUGCAGGGUCCGGGGAGACCGGAUAUAGUGAAUGCAGGGUCCGGGGAGACCGGAUAUAGUGAAUGCAGGGACCGGGGAUAGAUAUAGUGAAUGCAGGGUCCGGGGAGACCAGAUAUAGUGACUGCAGGGUCCGGGGAGACCAGAUAUAGUGAAUGCAGGGUCCGGGGAGACCAGAUAUAGUGAAUGCAGGGUCCGGGGAGACCAGAUAUAGUGAAUGCAGGGUCCGGGGAGACCAGAUAUAGGAAUGCAGGGUCCUGGGAGACCAGAUAUAGUGAAUGCAGGGUCCGGGGAGAUAUAGUGAAUGCAGGGUCCGGGAGUGUGUUAUGUACAGAGUGCAGGGUUCAGGACACUAUGUACAGAGUGCAGGGUUCAGGAGUGUACACUAUGUACAGAGUGCAGGGUUCAGGGGUACACUAUGUGCAGAGUGCAGGGUUUAGG